AUGUUAGUUAAUAACUCGAUGUUUGUAGCUUAUCAACGUCCUGGUAGUGGUUCAAUGGUUCCCGAAGAUAUUGAUCCAUGCUUGUGUACUCAUAUUAUCUAUGCAUUUGCUGAAAUGGACAAAAAUCAGCUGACGCCUACAGAAAAAUACGACACAGAUGAUAAAGAAAAUGAUCUUCCGGGAUUUUUUGAGCGUUUUAAUCAAUGGAAAGAAGUGAAUAAACAUUUAAGAACCUUAUUAGCUGUUGGUGGAUGGGAAAUGGGUAUGAAAGACUUUUCAGCUAUGGUUAAACAAGAUAAGAAUAUCAAAAAGUUUGUUGAUACAACAAUUAAAUAUUUGAGACAUCACAAAUUUGAUGGACUGGACUUAGAUUUUGAAUAUCCAGGGGUGGAUUGGAGGGGUUCAGAACCUGAAGACAAAAAGAAGUUUACAAAAUUGUGUCAAAUGCUGUAUGAAGGUUUCAAAAAAGAAGCAGAAGACACUGGACAUGAAAGAUUACUUCUUACGGCAGCCGUCUCCGGUGCUAAAACAAAUAUUGAUAAAGCAUAUGAAGUCGAUUUAAUUACACCAUAUCUUGACUGGUAUCAUCUGAUGACGUACGAUUAUCAUGGGAACUGGGAUACAAAUGCAGGGCAUCAUAGUGCAUUAAGUGGCAAAGAAAGCAGUGAUCAAAUGCAUAUAGAUUUUACCGUAAAAUAUUAUGAAAAAUUAGGAGUUCCAAAAGAGAAACUAUUAGUCGGUUUAGCCACAUACGGUCGUGGAGAUACUCCGGCAAUGCCGUAUACGGGUUUUAAAGGAGAAAAUGGUUUUAUAUCAUAUUAUGAGGCAUGUACUCAGAUUACCUGUGAAAAAUUUAAAGAAACAUGGGAUCAAAAACAAUUAAUACCCUUUGCAGCUGGUCAAUAUAAUCAACCAAAAUUUGGUUUUGAUAAUGUGCGAAGUAUGAAAUAUAAGGCCAACUAUAUUAAACAAAUGAAUCUUGGCGGUGCUUUUUUUUGGACACUUGAUAGUGACGAUUUUGCGGGUAAAUUUUGUUGUCAAGGCAAAUUUCCAUUGAUAAGAACGGUUAAAGCUGUAUUACAUGGCCAAUUAAAAUUAUUACCACCAGAAAAAAUUUGCGAAGCAUGUCCAUCAAAAGAAUAUAAAGAUGUUAAGAAUAUAAAGAAACCAGCAGAAAAAACGAAAACGAAAAAACCAAAAAAACCGAAACGUGAUGUAGCAUCUGAAGCACCAAGUGUUGGAACACCAUGGGGUGAACAAAAACGAGAAUCAUGUUAUGUUGGAGCCUAUUUUGAGCCGAAUGAGAAAAAUUGUAAAUGGGUUGGACAAGAUAAAUUGAAUUGUGAAGAAUUGAUUGAGGGUUAUGAGAGUGGUGCUGCUGCUACAGCAUCGAAAUCAGACUCAUCAAAAGAAGAUGAUGAUGAUGAUGACGAGGACAUAACAUUAGAUUCAAAUAUUACUACAAAACAGAAAAAAUCAUCAUUAACAUCGAGUGCACCAUCUAAAAAAGGAAAAUCAACAACAACCAGUCGACGAAAUGCCUCAGAGUUUGAUACUUGUAUACCAGAUAAACCCGUUGAGUUUGAUCCUGUCCAAGCUUUUUAUAGGUAUGCUAUGUUACUCUUGCGAAAGUCAGAAGGAAAACAGCGAUUGUCAACUACAACCAAACGCCAGCAGUUCGACUCAGAUUUGCGAAACACGACAACAAAUAUGUUACAGCAAAAAAAUAACAUCAGGAGAGCAUUAUGUGUGACAAUUCCGGCUGUUAUAGCCAUUAUUGUGUGUGUAGUUAUCUACUGUGCAUAUCGAAAUAAUCAGCGAAAACCUCAUAGAACACUGUCAAUGCCCAUUCAAAAUAAUUAUUUACGAACGAAUAACACCGAUAACUAUCAAAUUGAUUUUUCUCGAACCACCAGUCGUCAACAACGUUUAACUCCACCAGCACCUUCUAUUAUCGAACAAUUACCACCCUCUUAUAAUUCAUUAGGACAAACAAGACGACAGUUUCCUCUUUUGACUCCAAUCAGACCAUCUAGAAUAGAUCGAUCAUCGACCAAUAUCACACCGUCUGUGUAUAAUGCUAUGCCUCCAAGUUAUGCUGAAAUAUUUUUAACACCCGAAAAUAAAAGAUGA